CUGCUCUCCUCUGGGAGGGGGAAGGGACGAGGCGCUGUCCCUCUGUCAGCUUACACUUGCGGAGUUAAGCUCAGGAAGGAAAUGUUGAAAAUGAUGCCUGAAAAGGGCGAAUAAAAGCCCCAAGAGAAAGCGGUUCUCUUUCUUUUUUUCUCGGGGGGAAGCAGCACCCCAGCCCAGCACCACCACCACCCGGGAGAUCGGAAAUGGCUUCGGGCCACGGGAAGGCGAGGCGAAGGGACGUAGAAGCGCUCCGGGGCGGAGAAGGACGGGAGCACCUCGGAGCCAGAAAGACACGCCCGCAGCGCGCGGGAGGCGGCAAAGGAGCCGCUCGCGGGACCUCCCGGUGAGCCUGGGUCGGUCACGUCGUGGCCUCCUAAGAAGCGCCCCCCAGCCCCAGCACCGAAGCGAGGCUGUCCGGGGAAGGAGCCUCUUCCAAGCCGCCGCCACCGGGGGCCGCCCUUACCCGCGCUGGUCGUCCGUCCGUCCGUCGGCUUGGCUCCUGUCCCAGCUCCGUGUGCCGCCGCCUCUUCCUCCCCUGCUACCGACGAGGGGAGGGAGCUCGCCCGGCCCGGCCCCAAGGGGCGGGGGUGAUGUUGCUGGCACGGCCCGCACGCCUGCCAGGGAGUCCGGGCGACGCUCGGCCCGCCAUCUCCUCCUCGGGAGUAAGUGCCUGCCCGCCUACCCGCCCGCCCCGGGAUCACAGCCUUGGAGCAGCCCGCGUGAAGCCGCUGCAACACCCCCCCCCCCCCGCGGCUGCCCUCAGAGGCCCCGCCUUCUUCCCUGUUCAGGCUUCGCCGGCCCUAUCGCGCCUGCGCAGGACUGGCAAGCAAGGACCUUCACGGAGGGGCUGCCCUGACGGCGCCUGCAUUGGGAAGUUCUGGAGUUCUGCGCUGAGCCUCGGGCCCGGCGGCGCGAAGACAGCCUUCCGCGUGCAGGGUCCAACCUGUCAGAGCAGGCGCGGCGGGUAGCUGGUGCCGGGCGGCGGCUCGACGGAAGCGUAGCCCCUUGGAAAUUCCAUAGAUUGCCCUACCUUUUUUCCUAGCAGCAAGGAUGCAUCUGACCUGUGGUGGAUUCAUCUGAGAUCAGGCAUCAAGCACCAGCGCCAGGAUGAACGUGGAAGUGAGCGGCAAGCCCCUGAAAGUGGGCUCUAGAGUGGAAGUUAUUGGGAAAGGGUACCGUGGGACAGUGGCCUAUGUGGGUGCCACAUUGUUUGCCACUGGGAAGUGGGUUGGUGUCAUCCUGGAUGAAGCAAAGGGCAAGAAUGAUGGCACAGUGCAGGGCAGAAGGUACUUCACCUGUGAUGAGAACCACGGCAUCUUUGUCAGACAAUCACAGAUCCAAGUUUUUGAUGAUGGCGCAGACACAACAUCCCCGGAAACACCAGAAUCUUCAGCUUCGAAGGUCCCCAAGAGAGAUUCUUCAGAAGGCCCCAAAGCCAGCAAGCUGGCUACAACUGCUCGGAAGACCACCACCAGGAGGCCCAAGCCCACCCGGACUGGCAACUCUGCAGCGUCCGGCGGCACAGCUGGACUCUCAGGCUCAGCGUCUGCAUCGACCGGCGAGAUGAGCAGCAGCGAGCCAAGCACCCCUGCGCAGACGCCUCUGGCUGCUCCUGUUGUUCCGGCUCCAGCUCUGAGUUCUCCAGUGGCUCCCCCGUUGGUCCCUUCGCCUACCAAGGAGGAGGAGCACUUGCGUCUCCAGGUGCGAGACCUGGAGGAGAAACUGGAGACCCUCAAGAUGAAGCGGAACGAAGACAAGGCCAAGCUGAAGGAGCUGGAGAAGUACAAGAUCCAGCUGGAGCAGGUCCAGGAGUGGAAGAGCAAAAUGCAGGAGCAGCAGGCGGAGCUCCAGAAGCGCCUGAAGGAGGCCAAAAAGGAAGCCAAAGAGGCCCUGGAGGCCAAAGAGCGCUACAUGGAGGAGAUGGCCGACACGGCGGAUGCCAUUGAGAUGGCCACUCUGGAUAAGGAGAUGGCAGAGGAGCGGGCCGAGUCCCUGCAGCAGGAGGUGGACUCUCUGAAGGAGAAGGUGGAAUAUCUCACCAUGGACCUGGAGAUCCUGAAGCAUGAGAUCGAGGAGAAGGGUUCUGACGGUGCUGCCUCCAGUUACCAUGUCAAGCAGCUAGAAGAGCAGAAUGCCCGGCUGAAGGAGGCCCUCGUGCGGAUGCGGGACUUGUCUGCCUCAGAGAAGCAGGAGCACGUGAAGCUUCAGAAGCACAUGGAGAAGAAGAAUGCGGAGCUGGAGUCCCUGCGCCAGCAGAAGGAGAAGCUGCAGGAUGAGCUGAAGCAGGCGGAAAGGACCAUCGAUGAGCUGAAGGAGCAGGUGGAUGCAGCUCUGGGGGCUGAGGAGAUGGUGGAGACCCUGACCGAGAGGAGCCUGGAUCUGGAGGAGAAGGUCCGGGAGCUCCGCGAGACAGUUGGAGACUUGGAAGCCAUAAAUGAGAUGAACGACGAGCUGCAGGAGAACGGCAGGGAGACGGAGCUGGAGCUGCGGGAGCAGCUGGACAUGGCCACGGCGCGCGUCCGGGAGGCCGAGAAGCGCGUGGAGGCAGCGCAAGAGACGGUGGCUGACUACCAGCAGACCAUCAAGAAGUAUCGGGAGCUGACUGCGCACCUGCAGGAUGUGAACCGAGAGCUGAUGAACCAGCAGGAGGCGUCUGUGGAGAGGCAGCAGCAGCAGCCCCCACCCGAAAUGUUUGACUUCAAGAUUAAAUUUGCUGAGACGAAAGCACACGCCAAGGCCAUUGAAAUGGAGCUGCGCCAGAUGGAGGUGCAGCAGGCCAACCGACAUGUCUCCCUCCUCACCUCCUUCAUGCCCGACAGCUUCCUGCGCCAUGGCGGGGACCAUGACUGCAUCCUGGUGCUCCUCCUCAUCCCCCGGCUCAUAUGCAAGGCUGAGCUGAUCAGCAAGCAGGCCCAGGAGAAAUUUGAGCUGAAUGAGAAUUGCGCAGAGCGUGCUGGCCUCCGGGGAGCCCCAGGAGAGCAACUGAGCUUUGCAGCCGGCCUGGUGUAUUCCCUUCUCCUCCUGCAAGCAACACUGCACAAAUACGAGCAGGCCUUGAACAAGUGCAGCGUGGAGAUCUACAAAAAAGUGGGGACACUGUACCCUGAAAUGAGCGUGCAUGAACGGUCCCUGGACUUCCUGAUUGAGCUGCUGUACAAGGACCAGCUGGAUGAGACCGUCAACGUGGAGCCCUUGACCAAAGCCAUCAAGUACUAUCAGCACCUGUAUAGCAUCCAUCUGGCUGACCAGACUGAAGACUGCACUAUGCAGCUGGCUGACCACAUCAAGUUCACCCAGAGUGCCUUGGACUGCAUGAGCGUGGAAGUGGGCAGGCUGCGGUCCUUCCUGCAGACUGGGCAGGAAGCAUCUGACUUGGCCAUUCUCCUGAAGGACCUGGAGACCUCCUGCAGUGACAUCAGGCAGUUCUGCAAGAAAAUCAGGCGCCGUAUGCCUGGCACCGAUGCCCCCGGCAUUCCUGCAGCACUUGGUUUUGGACAGCAGGUCUCAGACACGCUGCUGGAUUGCCGUAAGCACCUGACGUGGGUGGUGGCUGUGCUGCAAGAGGUGGCAGCUGCAGGGGCUCAGAUGAUUGCCCCCCUGACUGAGAAUGAGGGCCUGCAGGCUGUGAAACUGGAAGACCUGGCCUUCAAGGCCAGCGAGCAGAUCUAUGGCGUGCAAGGCAUCAAUCCGUCCGAGUGUCUGCGCCAGUCAUGCAACAUCCUCAUUGCCACCAUGAACAAAAUGGCCACCGCCAUGCAAGAGGGUGAAUAUGAUGCUGACAAGCCUCAGACCAAGCCCCCUCUCCCAGUGGAUCUGCGAGCAGCUGCUUUGCGAGCGGAGAUCACAGAUGCAGAGGGCCUGGGGCUCAAGCUAGAGGACCGAGAGACUGUCAUCAAGGAACUCAAGAAGUCCCUCAAAAUCAAGGGCGAGGAACUGAGUGAAGCUAACGUCCGCUUGAGCCUCCUGGAGAAGAAGCUGGACAGUGCCUCCAAGGAUGCCGACGACCGGGUGGAGAAGAUCCAGACAAAGCUGGACGAGACCCAGGCUCUGCUGAAGAAGAAAGAGAAGGAGUUUGAGGAGACAAUGGAUGCCCUCCAAGCGGACAUUGAUCAGUUGGAGUCAGAGAAGCUGGAGCUGAAGCAGCGGCUCACCAAUCAGUCCAAGCGCACCAUCGAGGGCCUGCGGGGAGCCCCUCCCUCAGGAAUCGCUUCUGUCAUCUCUGGCAUCACAGGAGGUGAUCUGGAGAGCGAGUGUGUGUGUGUAUUUGGGGAGGGGAAUGCGGGGAAGAGACGCGCUGAAUGACAGGAUGCCAUUGGG